AUGCCUCCGCGCCCCAGCCCCACGCAUUUCCUGUGUCUACAACUCGCCAGUUCGCAGUUGACCAAGAAUCUAGCAGCAUUCCGGGCUGAUGUCACGGGUGCCGGCGGCUUUGGCGUUCCCGAUGACGCCGUACGACCGCCGGGGACGCUGCAUCUUACUCUGGGGGUGAUGAGUCUGAAGCCAGAGGAUGUUAGUCCGACAAUUGAGUUGCUGAAAACGCUGAGGCCGAGGGACAUGCUUGCUGAGCUGAGAGCUGCCAACAAUCCUCUAGCGUCGGCGACAGCCUCGCAAACCCGAAGGACUGGCCCCCCGGGGGGGUUGUCUAUAUCUCUCCGUGGAAUACAUUCCAUGACCAGUGCAUCCAGGACAUCUGUGCUCUACGCUGCCCCCUCGGACGCAGAGGGCAUUCUGUACAACUUUUGCCAGGAGCUACGGAAGCCGUUUGGGGAAGCGGGUCUGAUAGAGGAGGAGAGCCGGCCUCUGUUGCUGCAUGCUACGGUUGUUAAUACGGUAUACGUCCGGGGGAGGGGGGGUGGAAGGAGGAAAGAGAAGCUGAUGCUUGAUGCGACUGAUUUAAUGAGCAAAUAUGAGGACUACAUAUGGGUUGAGGAUAUGCCGGUUAGCAGGGUGGCGGUUUGUAGAAUGGGUGCCAAGAAGGUGGACGGGGAUGAGGUUUAUGAGGUCGAGGGUGACAUCGAGAUAUGA